AUGGACUCAGACAUCCUACAAUCCUUCCAGAAAGAACUCACCUGCCUCAUCUGCCUGAACUACCUUGUAGACCCUGUCAGCUUAGGCUGUGGGCAUAGCUUCUGUAGACCCUGCCUCUGCCUUUCCUGGGAAGAAGCCCAAACUUCUGCCCACUGUCCUGCCUGCAGGGAACCAUCACAGCAGAAGGACUUCAAAACCAACAUUCUUCUCAAGGAUUUGGUGUCCAUCAUCAGAAAAGCCAGCCUCUGGCAAUUCCUGAGCUCUGAGAAAUACAUGUGUGGGACCCACAAGGAGACCAAGAAUAUGUUCUGUGAAGUUGACAAGAGCCUGCUCUGUUUGCUCUGCUCUAAGUCUCAAGAGCACAGGGCUCACAGACACUGUCCCAUUGAAGGGGCAGCUGAGGAACAGCGUGAGAAGCUAGUAAAGCAAAUGAGAUCUUUAUGGGAAAACAUUCAAGAAAAUAAGAUAAAUCUAAAUAAGGAGCACAGAAUAAGCAAUAAGUGGAUGGAUUAUGUGCUUCUACAAAGAAAGAUGAUCAGGGCUGAAUAUAGAAAGUUUCAUCCAGUUCUCCAUAAGGAAGAACAACAACAUUUAAAGAAAUUGAAAACGGAAGGCCAAAACAUUUUACAGCAACUUAGGAGAAGUGAGACUGAAAUGGAGCAAACGAGGAAACAACGAAAAGAAUUGUUUAAGGAACUAAUGGAAAUGUGCCAAAAGCCAGACCAGGAGCUGCUCCAGGAGUCUUUGGAAGACCUACUGACAAAGAGCAAGUCCAUGCAGCUGCACAUGCCCCAGCCUGUGAAUCCAAUGCUCACCAUCACACCCAUCACUGGACUGAUAAACAGGCACAACCGCUUUCAAGUGGAGAUUUCCUUCCAUAAGACAAUAUCCAAUGACAAUAUCAGGCUUUUUGAUGAUGUGAGGAACUUCUUGUUUAGACCUGACCACGAAGAUGGAUCUCCAAAUGCUGACAGAUCUAACUAUUCUACUGCAUGGGUAGACCAGGACUUCACCUCUGGAAAACACUACUGGGAGCUGGAUGUGGAUGACUCUUGGGACUGGGCUCUAGGUGUCUGUAAGGAUUCCGGGAUAAGCAAUCCUGGCACAAUGCUUGAAUCUGAGGGCGUAUUUCUCCUUUUAAGUCUGAGGGAGCGUAAGCAUUACAGUCUCUUGACCACCUCUCCACUGAUUACCCACUACAGAGAGAAACCUCUGGGCCGGGUUGGUGUGUUUCUUGAUUUUGAGAGUAGAAGUGUGAGUUUUUUGAAUGUUGCCAAGAAUUCUCUCAUAUGGAGUUACCCUGCUGACUCCUUCAAUUCCCCGGUCAGGCCAUUCUUUUACACUAGACACAGAUGA